AUGUCAAAGAAUUAUUACCAAAUAUUAGGAGUUAGCCCGGGUGCUACCCAAGAAGAAAUAGCGAAAGCCUACAAAAAAAUGGCUCUAAAAUAUCACCCCGACCGAAAUCACGGUAAACAGGAGUCUGGAUCUUCUAACAAAUUUAGUUCAGAUGAUGAAUUUAAAAAAUUUGAAGAAAUGUUGAGUGAGUUAGAAAGAAAAUUUAAUGAGUCAGAAAGGGGAUUUAAUGAAUAUGAAGAGAACCGUAGGCAUGAAGAAGAAAAAACUCGAAGUGAAGCUAUACAAAGUAUUGAAGAAAGUUUAACCUCAUCUAAUGUAUCUAUUUCUGAGUUGGAUUCUAAAAAACUUAAAAACUCUGUUAGCAGUGAUUUAGAUGAUUUUAUAGCUGGAUAUUAUUCUCAUGGAGGUUAUUCAUGGCAGGAUCCACAACAACCAAAGAGGUCGGGAUAUGGCGAUAAUACUUCACCAAAUUUUUCAGGAGGAAAUUCCAAUAACCAAAACUCUGGUAAUUCCCAACAAAACAAUGAUAAUAAAGAUGACAAAGAAAAAGAUGAAAAAAUUACAGAAUUGGAGCAAUUAAAGGCUGACAAAAAUGCAGAUACUUCUGAAAAACAAUCAAAAUUACAAGCAAAAUUAGAGAAAUCCAAGUCUAAUGUUGACAAUAGUAGAGGUUCUAGUCAGGCUAGCGGUAGUAUUUAUAGCAAAGAAAAGAAAAAAAGUGAAAAAAUAUUAAAUAUAAAUCUCAUGUCGAGUCCUAAAAUCAAAUUAAAAAGUGGUGAUAAAGUAAAAGUUAUUACUGGAAAAUACCGAGGAACAAUCGAUUUCAUUUCUCGUCUGGACCCAAAAAAACAGAUGGUCUAUUUGAAAAAAGUCAGCCGCAAAAAAUAUGAUAAAUCAACCCCCGAAAGCAAGAAAAAAAGCGAAUUAAAGGAAAUUAUGACUCCUGUUUAUAUUUCAAAUGUCGCUUAUUGA